GGGGAACGAGCUGGCGGCGGGGUGGCCACGCACCGGGGCCAUGCCGCGCUCCUUCUUGGUGGAUUCCCUAGUGCUGCGGGAGGCGGGCGAGAAGAAGGUGCCGGAAGGCAGCCCCCCGCCACUCUUUCCUUACGCGGUGCCCCCGCCACACGCGCUGCACGGCCUGUCGCCCGGGGCCUGCCACGCGCGCAAGGCCGGGCUGCUGUGCGUAUGUCCGCUGUGUGUGACCGCCUCACAGCUGCACGGCCCCCCCGGACCGCCCGCGCUGCCUCUGCUCAAGGCUUCCUUCCCGCCCUUCGGCUCGCAGUAUUGCCAUGCGCCCCUGGGCCGCCAGCAUUCGGCCGUGUCCCCGGGGGUCGCUCACGGCCCCGCCGCCGCAGCAGCAGCAGCGCUUUACCAAACGUCCUACCAGCUGCCCGACCCCCGGCAGUUCCACUGCAUCUCCGUGGACAGCGGCUCCAGCCAGCUGCCCAGCAGCAAGAGGAUGCGCACCGCCUUCACCAGCACGCAGCUGCUGGAGCUGGAGCGCGAGUUCGCCUCCAACAUGUAUCUGUCCCGGCUGCGCCGCAUCGAGAUCGCGACCUACCUGAACCUGUCUGAGAAGCAGGUGAAGAUCUGGUUCCAAAACCGCCGGGUGAAGCACAAGAAGGAAGGCAAAGGCAACAGCCAUCGCAGUGGCGGCGGCGGCGGCGGUAGCGCGGCGGCCGGCGGGGCCGCACCGCAGGGCUGCAAGUGCGCGACGCUUGCCCCUGCCAAGUGCCAGGAGGAUGACGAUGAAGUGCCCAUGUCCCCGUCCUCGUCCGGCAAGAACGACCGGGAUCUCACCGUCACUCCCUAGACUCCCGCC